AUGCCACAGAAAAUUUGUAGUAAAUGCGGUGUUAGACUGCAGAUUUUAAGGUGCAACGAGCCCAUUUCACCAUUCCUCCACCACCUCAUAACCAUGAGGAAAAAAUUCAAGCAGGUGGUGGUUAUGGCUCACAACGAGCAAACCUUCGACCACCAGUUCUGCCUCAACUACAUCCUGACGCAGACGGACCUGACCCCCGAACUCAUCAUGCGAGGGACGAAAAUAAUUUCCAUGGUCGUGGAGAACGUAAAGUUCCUGGACAGUCUAAAUUAUUUCCCCAUGGCGCUGUCCAAGUUGCCCAAGGCUUUCGGCUUGGGUGAUAAUUUCAAGAAAGGCUAUUUCCCCCAUCUUUUCAACACUGCAGCCAACACAAAUUACGUGGGUCCCCUACCAGCCGCCGAAUACUAUGACCCCGAUCAUAUGAAACCGGAAGAUCGCUCCAAGUUUUUCGAGUGGCACGAGGAACAUAAAAACGACGAGAUUAACAUGCAGCGCGAUCUCGUCGAAUAUUGUAUAUCAGAUAUGGAGAUCCUAACAGCAGCAUGUCUCAAGUUCCGACAGCAGCUGAUGGAAACGGGAAACGUCUGCCCGUACACGGAAGCCUGUACCAUAGCCUCUGCCUGCAAUAAGGUGUAUAGGCGCAAUUUCCUACAGCCGAAGACCAUCGGCAUCAUCCCCAAAGGCGGCUACAGAUGGCGCGACAAUCAAAGCAAGAUAGCUAUCCAAUGGCUUGUGUGGGAGGAACACCAGCGACAAAUAAACAUCCAACACGCCGCUAAACAGCAAGAAUCUCGAGUCGCUGGUGUAAAAGUCGAUGGGUAUGCCGCAGAGAGCAAUCAGGUGUUUGAGUUCCACGGCUGCUACUAUCACGGCUGCCCCGCGUGUUACAAGCACAAUCGAGACAUCCCCAUGCCUGAAGAUCCUUCUCAGACAUUAAACACUCGCUACGAAACCACCAUAGCAGAAACAUCAAGACUUCUAGGCCUUGGUUACGAGGUCGUUGAGAUGUGGGAAUGUGAGUUUAGGCGUAACCUUCAGAAGAACGACUUCGAAAUCCGCAACUAUACCGAAAACCACCCACUCGUAACCCUAACACCGCUAAACCCUAGAGAUGCUUUCUACGGAGGCCGUACAGGGAACACAGUCGAAUACUACAAGUGCGGUCCAGGGGAGAAAAUCAAAUACGUCGAUGUCUGCUCCCUCUACCCCUGGGUCUGCAAGUACGGCAAGUUCCCCAUAGGACAUCCAAAAGUUUAUGUGGGUUAG